AUGUCUACAAAGCGCAAAGCUUCGGCCAAGGUGGCCGCUCCCGUCGUGCGAUCCGGCGCCCGAGUCCCCAACAAGGUCACCAUCGAUGAGUCAAAGGCCUCCAUCGCCGGCCCCGAAGCCCUCCAGAGCUCCCAAGUCGAGACGAUUGAGAUCUCCUCCGACGCCGACAGCGACGAAGACCUCUCGGAUGCCGAGGUUCCCCAGCAGCAGGAGGAGGAGGAAGAGGAGCAGCAGCAGACCACCAAGGACUUGACCGCGCGCCUAAAAGCCGCCAAGCAGAAGCCCAAUGGCGAAGAGGAAAUCGCAGACUCUGACGCCGAGCCUACAUCGCCUUCAUUUGGCGAGCUCCUCCGUGCCGAAAACGAGAUCAUCGAUGUUCCCUCGCUGCUGCACCCCUCGGGUGGUGCUGUCACCCAGCAGCCCACGCGCAGCGCUCUUCCCGUACCUUCUCACCAGUCCCUCACCACUGUCCUUUCGCAGGCUCUCCGCACCGACGACACCGAUCUCCUCGAGUCCUGCCUGCACACCACCGACCUCAGCACCAUCCGCAACACUAUCGAGCGACUCGACAGCUCUCUUGCUGGCAUUCUCCUCGGCAAGCUGGCCUCCCGCCUGCACCGCCGUCCUGGCCGCGCCGGCAACCUGAUGACGUGGGUUCAGUGGACCCUCGUCGCACACGGCGGUGCCCUGGCCUCGCAGCCCAAGACCAUUCACAACCUGGCCGGUCUGCAAAAGGUGCUGGCUGAGCGCGCAAAGGGUCUCUCCAGCCUUCUCGCCCUCAAGGGCAAGCUCGACAUGCUCGAGGGUCAGAUGGAUCUGCGCCGCAAGAUGUCUCGAUCCGCCGGUCUUCACACUGGUGGUGACUCUGACUCUGACUCGGAUGAUGAGGACGUUAUCUGGGUUGAGGGUGAGGAUGAUGCUGCUCGCACUCCCGCCCGGCGGCGUGGUCUUGAUGGGGAGUUUGACGACUCGGAUGAUGAUCUUGAUGUUCCCGUGACUAAUGGUUUCAUCGGCGACUCUGAUGAUGAAGAGGAGGAAUCUGCUGGUGAGGAGGGUGAUAGUGAUGCUGAGGAGUCUCUCGAUGAGGACGAGGUCAACCAUGACGAUGUGGACGAGUCAAUGGGUGAGGAUGAGGAGAGCGACGCCGAAGCCGCAGCCGCACCGCCGUCCAAGGUUCAGAAGACGGCAGGAGGUUUUGGCAAGCGAAGAUGA